AUGGAAUUUCAAGUCUUGCAAUUGAAUUUGAAGGCAAGUCAGCAAGCACACGCAUCGAUACUGUUAUGGGAUACGGAUCAGUGGGAACAUCGUGCCGAACUGAUUCAUCAUCACCUCACAGUGACACAACUGGAAUUCUCGCACAACGAUUCCAUGCUGCUUUCGGUUUCACGCGAUAGAACGUUUGCGCUAUACGGAUGUGAUUCUUCGUCAGACGCUUUCGAUUGGCGAUUAUUGAAAGCAUCAUCAAAAACAGACGGUGUUCAUUCGAGAAUUAUAUGGACAUGUUCGUGGAGCAGCGAUGAUCGAUAUUUUGCAACUGGUGCUCGUGAUAAAAAGGUUCAUCACUUAGUUAUGACUCUAAGAUGA